AUGCUUUCCGGCGGUCAAAAACAAAGAAUCGCGAUAGCUCGAGCUGUUUUGCAAAAUCCUAAAUUGUUAAUUUUGGACGAAGCCACAAGUGCUUUAGACAACAAAAGCGAACAAAUCGUGCAAAAAGCUUUGAAUGAGCUUAUUGCCAGACAAAGAUGUACAACGAUCAUCAUUGCUCAUCGACUUUCGACCAUCAAGAACGCCGACCGUAUUGUGUUCUCAAUAUUUGGUGAAAAUGUUUCCAACUAUGGUUUGUUUAACUUGAGACUGAAGUUGUUCACUAACUUAAUCUACCAAGACAUGGAGUUUUUUGACAACCCCAAAAACAACCACGGACACCUUUCCAGCGUCAUUUCUGCAGACUGUCAGACAGUUAAAAUUGUCUCUACUGGAGAUUUCUUUUUGCUAUACUACCAAUCACCUAUCUUCAGUCUAGACUAA